AUGAUGAAGCAAUCACUGUCAGAUAAAAAUGUAAACGGUGGAGUUCUGCGAACCCGUUCAACACUACCAUGUAAUGGAAGAUUGUUUACACAGGAACAGAUUGACGUUUUAGAACCAGCUUUCAAAGUUCAACAUUAUCCAGAUAUAUUGCAUCGUGAACAACUGGCAUUAGAAUUAAAUGUGCCUGAAGUGAGACUUCAAGUAUGGUUUCAGGAUCGCCGAAAGAAAUUUCGUGAAGUCGACAAAAUAGUUGUUUCUAAUCCUUCCGAGGCGAUGAGACCCACCGGCGGAUCUCACUGUUUACUGGCGACAUCGAAUAGCCUUGAAAGGGCUAAACAAUAUCAACCAAAGUUGCCAACCGCGCCAAUUUCUGCAGACAAAAUCUCCUCUGCAGAGAGUUUUCUGGUCUUUGCUGUCGCUUUUGUUUUCUUGGCAACGUUUUCCUUCUUGAAGAUCUUUUUCUCAUAG